AUGGCGGCCGUAAGCUACGACAUUGCAAUGCUGCGGGGGACUGCGCUCAGAGAUCGAGGAAAGGAUUACGGGGCGCAGGUGGGCAGCUGCGACGCGCAGGGCCGGGCAGACGCGACGCGGACAGGGACGAUUGAGGGUGUCGAGGGCCCGCUGGUGAUCCGAGUGGCCUGGUGGUUUCCCACUUACGGCGAGAUCGUGAACGUCAACUUGUCUGAUGGCUCGGUGCGGCAGGGCCAGAUCCUCGAGGUGAACAAGAAGAAGGCAGUUGUGCAGGUGUUCGAGGGCACCAGCAACAUCGACAACAAGAAUUGCCACAUCGAGUUCACGGGUGACACCCUCAAGAUGCCGAUCUCGGAUGAUCUCUUGGGCCGCGCAUUCAACGGCUCCGGGAAGCCCAUCGACAAAGGCCCAGCAGUGUUGGCGGAGGACUUCGACUUCCUGGACAUCAAUGGCGCGCCUCUCAACCCCAAGUCGCGCGUGUACCCCAAGGAGAUGAUCCAGACUGGCAUCAGCGCCAUCGACACGAUGAAUUCCGUGGUCCGUGGGCAGAAGCUGCCACUGUUUUCCGCGGCCGGCCUGCCACACAACGAGAUCGCGGCACAGGUGUGCCGGCAGGCCUCCCUGGUCAAGGGCAAGGACGUGAGCGACCAUUCCAAGGAGACUGAGAACGGCUCCAUGGAGAACGUCGUGCUGUUCAUGAACCUGGCGAACGACCCCACCAUCGAGCGCAUCGUGACGCCCCGGCUUGCCCUCACCACGGCCGAGUACUUCGCGUACACGCGCGAGCAGCACGUGUUCGUCAUCCUCACCGACAUGUCCUCCUACGCCGACGCCCUCCGCGAGGUGUCCGCCGCGCGCGAGGAGGUGCCUGGACGUCGUGGUUACCCCGGGUACAUGUACACCGAUUUGUCCACCAUCUACGAGCGCGCUGGCCGUGUGGAGGGCAAGACCGGUUCCAUCACGCAGUUCCCCAUCUUGACCAUGCCCAACGACGACAUCACGCACCCCAUCCCGGACCUGACCGGGUACAUUACAGAGGGGCAGAUCUUCGUGGACCGUUCCCUGCACAACAGGCAGAUCUACCCGCCGAUCAACGUGCUGCCGUCCCUUAGCCGGUUGAUGAAGUCGGGUAUCGGCCAGGGGAUGACUCGCAAGGAUGGACCACGGCAACGUGUCCGAUCAGCUGUACGCCAACUACGCGGAGGGCCAGGACACAAAAGCCAUGAAGGCCGUCGUCGGGGAAGAGGCCCUGAGCGAGGACGAGCACAAGUAGCCGAGUUCUUGGACAAGUUCGAGCUCAAGUUUCUGUCGCAGGGUCCUUAUGAGAACCGCGACAUCUUCACCUCCCUGGACCUCGCGUGGACACUACUGCGGAUCUUCCCUCAGGAGACAUGCUCAAGAAGAUCCCUGCCAAAAUCAAGGAUGAGUUUUACAGCCGCGAGGGAGAGAUCCAGAAGGCCGCGCAAGCCAUCCGCUCGUAGAGCGCCAAGGCGGCCGAGCGGCGUGGGGCCACGCGCGGGCGGCCCCGGCACCGCGAGUGACGCCCGGGCUGCCAUUCGGUUUCGAUUUGUUUUGGUUAGUUGA